CUCCGGACCUCCUCCGCCACGAAAGAAACGGCGCCAUCCUUCCUCUCCGACGCAAACCGCCGAUGAUAACUUAGAGUCCGAGCUCGAUCGCGAACGUUACCUCGAUUUGCCUCCUCCCUCUCCCUCGCCGUCCGAUCAGCAAGGUGAGAAACGAUACAAAGUUACCUCUUUUUAAAAGAAGUUAAGUUACUAUUUAAUUUAUGCAAUUAUUUCAUCGCUUCUACUUUUAAUUGUCAAUAUGAACUCUAAUUCUGCAAUUUUUAUGAGAUUUAAUUUUUUUUCCUAUUUUUGGUAAUUAAAAAAUGUAUUAUUGUUAUUAUUGCAAUCUUUAGGCUUCAUUUGGAUAAUAAAAUUAAAAAUUUAACCUUUUCUGGUACUUUAUAGCUGUCAGCUCACUUUUAACCUGAUGCAAUAACGCAAAAGCACGUUAAUAAGAGUGGCAACCAAACGGAGCCUUAACUUUUGUUAGAUUGAAUUUUAUUUAUCUUUAGUUACCUAAGGAUGUUAGUAAAAAGGAAAAAGAGCCUUAUAUUACUGUUGUUGUAAAUUAUGAGCAGGGUGGAAUCUUUGCUUGUUUAGUUCUUUGAUACUUGUCACUAUGGAGGGUAUUGUGCUUGAGCAUUGUUGGAAAAUAUCUGUAACGAAACAGAUGAACUUGAAUCUUAUAUUUGAUUGAGAGCUUGUUUUAACAAAAUGGGGACAUCUAUAGAACCGUAUGCUUUAAGUUACCCUGCUAGAGGAACUAAUGUUGCUUUCUUGUCUAUGUUGUGGAAAGCUGAAUUAAUUGGCUAUAGGGUUCUAAGCUUAAAUAGAUGCUUAGUGAGGGUUGUAAGCUGACUUACUGUUGUUGCUUUCCCAUUGCAUGAAUUGUUAGGCUUUGUCAGUUUGCUGUUGUCGCUGUUUGCAUUUUUCUUAUGGAAAAAUUUUGAAUUUUUUUUCUCUGUUGUUUCUUUUGAAGACAGUAUUGUGCUGAGCAAUGGGUGAUUCACUUUCUAGUUUGCAUGCACAUUAUAUAUUUUGUACUGCUUUUCCAAGUUUGCAGGAACGAAUCUAGUUUGCAACAGUUUCGUGUUUCAGAGAGACAAAUAGAGAUAAUGAUGAGGAACCUGUGACUGCUGGUGGAGUCUAUAAUGUUGUUCCCUUUUCAUAUGGAAACACUGGUGAUUCCAAUGAGCAAAAGGAUACUGAUGCAGAGUCUAGUUUUCGGCCAUCCUUUCCUGUGCCUGAAAGCUUACUUCAAAGCCUAGUAAGUAGAUGCUCGUCUUCUUACAAUAUAUCUUUACUUCUUUUGUAUAAUCUAGAUGUAAUUGUUUGUUGAUACUUAUCAAAUGUGGCUGCGUGAUAGUUGAGUAAGGUGCAUGUGGUAUUCUAAGGCUUACAAUGUCUAAGUUUCAGAUGCUCGGAGCGCAGAUGCAGUUCUUGUUUCCUUUUGAUGUCAUGACAAGGGGGCAUGCAGCCUCCUACAGAGAAAGUACACCAGAUUAUGGCAAGGACAGCUAUGUUUGUGAGCAGACAUGGUGGACAAUCAGAGAUUGUUUUGAGGGUUAAACAGGGAGACAACCCAACAUUUGGCUUCUUGAUGCCUGAUCAUCCUCUUCACACAUACUUUAGAUUUCUUGUUGAUCACCAAGAACUUUUGAGCAGCAACUCUGUCAAUGAGGAGAGCAAAGCUGAUAGUGCACUUGAUCACGCGGCUAGUGUUAGAGGAGGUGGUGCGUUAUCUUUGCUUGGUACUAUAUAUGGUUCUGGAGAAGAUGAGGAAGGUGCAACUGCGAAUGCUAGUGAAGUUAAAAGAAAGGAAUCUGUGGAAGCUGGGGUUGCUAUUAAUGAAACAUUAUCUAAUGGACCAGAACAGAAAGAAUUUUCUUCAAGUGUAAACGGGAAAGAUGAGACAGUAACAAAGGAUUCAGCUCCUUUAACUAGGGAAAAGGCUUCGCUGAUAAAACGAAAUCGUUCAAUAACAACAGUUAAGGCUGGAACUACAGUUGGGGUGAAGAAAGAAAGUGAUGCCUCUGCUAUUGAGAAAUCGCGAGCUUCUUCUUUGCCAACCACAUUAAAGGUUGAAUUGCCUGUUGUGGAGCCUCCAUCUGAUUUAAAGAGAGUGGUUGAUAAGAUAGUUGAGUUCAUCCUAAAAAAUGGUCGGCAGUUUGAAGCAGUUCUGGUUGAACAAGAUGUUAAGCAUGGCAGGUUUCCGUUCCUGUUGCAAUCCAAUCUAUAUCAUCCUUACUAUCUAAAAGUUCUUCAAAAAGCUGAAAAGUCGAAGUUACCUGGUAAAGGAUUCAUUUCUGAGAAGCAUGAUUUGUCCAGCCUUGGCAUAGAGAAGAAAGCUGCUUCAUCCCGAGAAAGUGAUAGUGUGCCUGUUGGAUCUGACAUACCGUAUGAUUAUGAUAGGAAAGAGAAGUUUAAAAUGGUAAUCAGCAAGCCAAAGAAGGACGGACAAGAUCCACCUUCCAAAGCUACCCAGCCACCAAUCGGAGUUAGUGUGGAUGCAGCAGCAGCAGCUGCUAUUCUUCAGGCUGCUACAAGAGGCAUUAAGAAUCCCAAUUUAGAAAUUCUAUCUAAGACAUCUUUAAAUGGUAGCAGCCAGGCCCCUAGUAGUGAGGGUGGGCAUGCCCCAAGUUUGGGUGGUCUCCUUUCAUCUCAGCCUCAGAAUUCCAACCAGAAGCCAGGGCAGAAAGGCGAGCCAAGUGUUUCUGGUCCUGUUGCCAAUGCUAUUGCAAAGACAGCAGCUAUGGCAGCUGCAAGUGAGGCUGAUUCCUCUGAGGCGUGUUUGUCUAAAGAAGAAAAGUUGAAAGCUGAGAGAUUGAAACGGGCAAAGAUGUUUGCAGCCAUGAUAAAAAGUGGUGCUGCACCACUUAAAACUGAACCAUUGCGUGGCUUAUCUGCUGAACCACCAGAGUCGGGGGUUUCUGGUUCAGGUGUGGAGGGUGGAAGUCUUUUGGGAAAAGAAAGGGAAGGAAGCUCAGUUCCAUUGGAUGCUACCACUUCUGAUAAGACUGAAAAUCAUGAAAAGAUAUAUUCAGGCAGUGAUCAUAAUGAACGGCGAUCAAAGAGGAAGUACCGUUCGAGAUCAAGCAGACAUGAAGAAGAUAGCAGACAGGAGGAGGAACCAGAAGAAGAAGAAGAAAAAGAGAAAGGAAGGGAUCACAAGCACUCAGGUAAAAAGCGGCAUUAUCAUCACUCUUCACACCAUAGUAGGGAUAAACAUAAGCAUAGAAGAAGGCAUUCAUCUUCAAAGGAUAGAGAUUCUCGACAUCAGCAUAAGCACCAUAAGGGCUCUGAUGAUGAACAAGGUCAUAACUCAGACAGCUCUGACAGUGACCAUCAUCAUUCUCGACACAGAUGGAAGCAAGAUAGCUAUUCAGAUGCUGUACGUCGGCGGUCAAGAUUUGCAUAUGAGCAUAACGAUUCCCCUGAGGAAUAUGAGCUUCGACACUAUCGACAUCAUCACAAGCAUGAUAGCUCCUCUGAGGAUGAGGAUCGAUGCUCUCGACAUCGGCAUAAGCACCAUAGGUCCUCCGACGAUGAGCACCGACAUCGAAGGAAGAGAUCUCACUCGGGAAGAGAGGCGGAAUUGGAGGAAGGAGAGAUAUGUGCAAAAUCAGAUCAAUCUAAAUUGAGUGAGGGCAAUCGUGUCAGUAGGGAAACUUCUGCGGAUAUAUCAAAACCAGAUGCAGAGGGAAGAAGAGCUCCAUCUCUGCCAUCUGAAACCACUGCGGUUUCCGAUGAUUUAAGAGCCAAAAUUCGAGCUAUGCUGAUGGCAACCUUGUAAUUUAUAGCUGUCAUGUCUGUUUUCCUUACCACAAGCAUCUAACAGAUCAUUCCCCUGAAUUAAAUGAUGAGUUCCUGAUCUCACUUUCCAGUUCUUUAAUCAAAUUCAAAUCGCUUGCUAAUAUAAUGUCA